CUUACCUGGUUCCCUCCUUCUCCCUCAGCCCUCGCUGGUGCUGAGAACUGGAGCGCGGCGGUGGGGCGCGCAGCCUGACUCCUCAGCGGGGAGCGGAGCCGAGUGGAGCCUGAGAUCUGAGCCCUCGGGGUAACUGCGGAGCGCCCUCCACGCCUCCUCCCUCUCACCAUGAGGCUCCUCGCCCGGGGUUGCUUGCUCCCGGUCCUCCUCCAGUUUUGCGGACUUCUUUGCGUGGAGUCCGAGCCAUGCCGGGAGGUAUUCGGAGAGCCCGAGGUCACCUUCUCUGUUGGAAAAACGGGUCUGGAGCCUGGCCAGGAGUUGGGGCAAGUGGCCUUGAUCAAGUGUCCUGGACAGGUGCCAGAGCUGAUUAGCACAGAUGACCAUUUCACCUUGAGGAGUGAUGGGAUGAUCCUGGUGAAACAGCCAAUGUCCCUGCAGGACAGAAGGACUUUCUCCAUCUAUACCAGAGGCUCAAGUGGCCGGGAAGCCUCUGUCACCGUGACAGUAAUGAGAAGGCAGGACCCCUCUGAAGAGGAAAGUCAGGUACUGAAGUCUUCCCCCUCCAAACGCACUCUCCGGAGACGAAAGAGGGAAUGGGUCGUACCACCGAUUUCUGUUUCUGAAAAUGGGAAGGGUCCUUUUCCCCAGAAGCUGAAUCAGCUCAAAUCCAACAAGGACAAAGCCACUAAGAUCUUCUACAGCAUCACGGGACCAGGGGCCGAUAGCCCCCCUGAAGGGGUCUUCACCAUUGAGAAGGAGACAGGAUGGUUGCUGGUGAACCAGCCACUGGACCGGGAGAAAAUUGCUAAGUAUGAGCUAUUUGGACAUGCAGUGUCUGAGAAUGGCGCCUCUGUGGAAGAACCCAUGAACAUCUCCAUUGUGGUGAUUGACCAGAAUGACAACAAGCCUCAGUUCACCCAGGAGGUCUUUAGGGGGAGCGUUACGGAAGGAGCCAUGCCUGGUACCUCUGUGAUGCAGGUAUCGGCCACAGAUGCGGAUGAUCCCAACACCCACAAUGGAGCAAUUGCUUACUUCAUACUGGACCAGAAACCCAAGGAACCUCAUGACCACAUGUUUACCAUCCAUCGAGAGACUGGGACCAUUAGUGUGAUUGCCAGUGGCUUGGACAGAGAGAGGGUGGCUGAGUACACACUGACCAUCCAGGCUGCAGACAUGGAAGGAGAAGGCCUAGCAACGACAGCAUCAGCCGUGGUGGAGAUUGGGGACUCCAAUGAUAAUGCGCCUGUGUUUGAUCCCCCAAAGUAUGUAGCUGAAGUGCCUGAGAACAAGGUUGGGGUGGAAGUUCAAAGGUUGACUGUGACAGACCUGGAUGCUUCCAACACACCAGCAUGGAGAGCAGUUUAUCAGAUCAUACAAGGAGAUGAGGGGGGUCACUUCGCCAUAACUACAGACCCAGAGAACAACCAGGGCAUCUUAACGACCAAGAAGGGUUUGGACUUCGAGACCAAGAACCAGUUCAUUCUUUACAUUGUGGUAUCCAAUGAGGAUCCCUUCGUGGUGAAGCUGCCUACGUCCACAGCCACAGUGACGGUGCAUGUGGUGGAUGUGAAUGAAGCACCCGCCUUCCUCCCACCCACUAAAGUGGUGGAAGUCCAUGAGGGUGCACCUAUAGGGGAAAAAAUCUGCACCUACGCAGCCCAGGACCCUGACAAACAGCAAAACCAGAAGCUCAGCUAUCAAAUUCUGAGUGACCCUGCAGGGUGGCUAAUGAUUCAUCCAGACAGUGGAGAUAUCACCUCCAAGGGCCUCCUAGACAGGGAAGAUGAGAUGUUUGUCACCAAUAACACCUACAGGGUCAUAGUCUUGGCCACUGAUGAUGGAAUCCCUCCCGCCACUGGUACCGGCACUCUCCUACUGACUCUCUUGGACGUGAAUGACCACGGUCCCAUCCCGGAGCUUCGCCAGAUCACCGUCUGCAACCAAAACACUGUUCCCCAGGUGCUAAACAUCACGGACAAGGACCUGCCCCCUCAUACCUCCCCUUUCCGGGCCCAGCUCACACACGAUUCUGAUAUUUACUGGAAUGCGGAAAUGAAUGAGAGAGGAGAUGCUGUUGCCUUGUCACUGAAGAAAUUUCUGAAGAGUGAUGAUUAUGAAGUCCAUCUUACUCUGUAUGACAACCAUGGCAAAGACCAGCUGACUGUGAUCAAGGCAAAAGUGUGUGACUGUGAGGGCCACGUUUCCAUCUGUCCUGGGGCCUGGAAGGGCGGCUUCGUCUUACCUGUGCUGGGAGCUGUUUUGGCCUUGUUGAUCCUGCUGCUUGCCCUCCUGUUGUUGGUGAGAAGGAAGAGGAACUUGAAGGAGCCCCUCCUGCUUCCCGAGGAUGACACCCGGGACAACGUUUUCUACUAUGGCGAGGAAGGCGGCGGUGAAGAGGACCAGGACUAUGACAUUACUCAGCUUCAUAGAGGCCUGGAUUCCCGACCUGAAGUAAUCCUCAGAAAUGAUGUGGUACCCACCUUCAUCCCUCCCCCCUUCUACCGGCCACGCCCAGCCAACCCAGAUGAGAUUGGCAACUUCAUCAUUGAGAACCUGAAAGCAGCCAACAGCGACCCCACGGCUCCGCCCUAUGACUCCCUGCUGGUGUUUGACUAUGAAGGAAGUGGUUCGGACGCAGCCUCCCUGAGCUCCCUAACAUCUUCCAACUCGGAUCAGAACCAGGAUUACGACUAUCUGAAUGAGUGGGGCAAUCGAUUUAAGAAGCUGGCCGACAUGUACGGCGGAGGGGAAGAUGACUAGCGGAGGGCCUUCGUGCCCAGGACAGAAUUCAUUUCUUGCUCUCCGGACCCCGCUCCUCCGAGCAGCCCGCUGUACCUCAGAGAUAAAGUGACUCCUUGUUUCAAGCCUCCUGAAUUUGUCAAGAAAGUGACUUAAAUGUGAGCACUUUUCUCACUUAAAAACCUGGCUGAAUCUGAUGGAAAUUUGGCCUAGGACAGCCUAGACAGCAGAUCUGUCUCUUCCCAAGGAAAGAAAAAUGGCAGACUGAGCUGGGAUCCUUCUUUGAAUCUGGAGAUAAUCAACACUCGUCCUACUCUAAAUCUCUGCCCAUUGCUGUCUCCUGGCCAUUUACCUGGACCUCUGAAGGCCCAGAGUGACACUUAGCCAUGCACAAUGGCUGCUUCUACUAGUGGUCAUCUCUCCAUUCUCUUCUACCCUAUAUUUGGAGACAGAAGCCAAACAAUGGCCAGAGAGAGGCUGGCCAUCUCUAGUUCAUUUCUUUCUGCAUUUGGAGGAAAGGAUGGAGCCCAGAAGAUGAUGAAAUCAUCUCCAUCAAAUAGCCACUGGAGGUUAUUUUGUUCUGUUUUGUUUUUUUCCUAAGACAAUGACAACAUUUUUUUUUUUAUAUAUAGAAUACUGGUAGAUUACUUCUGUGUUUUUUUUAAAAAUAUAUAUGUGUGUAUGUGUGUGUGAAGUAGGCGAAGUGUCAUGUUAAAUAAUACCAAAACUUUUUAUUAAAGAAACUUAACAAAAGUA